UGUAAAAAAUAAAUUAUAUAAUAUAAUUUUUAGAAAAUGAAUGAAAAGUAAAUGAGCUAAAAAAUAAAUCUUAUUUUAAAUCCAAAAUUUUUAGGAUUUUAAAUAGAUUAAAAUGAUAAUUAAAUUAAGUAUGAUAAUGAAAUAUAAAAAGAUAUUAAUUCAUUAAAUGAUUUAGCAAUUAAAAUAAAAGAAAAGUUAAAAUAAAAUAUUCCUCUAAAAAGCUAAUUACAAGUCAACCAAGAGUUAUAAAAAGAUUUUAUAAUAAACUUAGAAUAGUUAAAAAAAUAAUUUUCGUUUUAAGGUGUAGAUAAUCUAAUGAAAAAUCUUCAUUUAUUUGAUCCCAAACUAGCUUAAAUAAAAUAUGAAUUAUAAUAGCAAUUAUAAUAAAAACAUAUUAUUAAUUUUUUUAAUUAAAGUUAAGAAAUAAAAUUAGAAAAUAACAAAGAAUCUAAUCAUAAUAUUAAUAAAGAAAAAAAAAAAAAAGUAUAGUUAAAAUGUAUAACUUUGUUUAGACAUAUUUCAGAAAAGUUAGAAAUUAAUUUUUUUAUUAAAAUAAUUAUUUAAAUAUUUUUAUAAGGAUGGGAAAAUGAAAUUUAGCAAUUAGAAAACUAAAGUUUAAUAAAUAUUUAAGAAUGA